AUGGCCAUGUCAGGAACAUACGUGGCGGAGGUGCCCCUGAAAGGUUUGGCCGAAAAACACUACAAGAGGUGGAGGAACGAAAACCACCUCUUCCCCGAUGCCGUCGGCCACCACAUCCAAGGUGUCAACAUCCACGACGGUGACUGGGACUCCCACGGCGCCAUCAAAUCCUGGAACUACACUCUCAAUGGGAAGCCAGAGGUGUACAAGGAGAAGAGAGAGAUAGACGACGAGAAGAUGACGGUGACGUCCAGAGGGAUGGAAGGUCAUGCCAUGGAGCUUUACAAGGUGUUUGACAUCAUCUUCCAAUUCAUUCCCAAGUCGAGGGAAGGUUGCGUCUGCAAAUUCACUCUGAUAUGGGAGAAGCGCAACCAAGACUCCCCUGAACCCAUCAGCUACAUGAAGCUUCUCAAAAGCUUAGUGGCUGACAUGGAUGAUCACAUCCUCAAGGGCCAGAACAAAGCUUAA